GAGGAGCGGGCGGGUAUGGCCUCCCCGCCUCACGGCGAGGUGCGGGCUCUGCGGGACCAGGUGGCGGCCCUGGAGGCGGACCUGGUCGCCUGCCGCGGGCAGCUGGAGCGGGCGCAGCGUCGGCUGCGGCGCACCGAGCGCCUCUACCGCGAGGCGCGUGGCGGCAGCGAAGCGCUGCGGCGGCAGGUUGAAGAGCUCACUAAGGAAAUCCACAGUAGGAAGGAGAAAGACACAUCUAGCGUAGAAGUACAAACAGAGGACUAUGCGUGGUCACAAACAGAUUAUUACUACUAUGAAAAUUAUUACAAUCACACUGAUGCUCAGGACUAUGCAUCUGAGCUACCAGUGCAGCACAAUCGUGGGACUGAAGGCACUGAGCAUGAUUUCACAGAGGAGUUGCAGAUGGACACUAAUAUUCCUUUAACGGUCAAUAGCACUGAAGUAGCUGAAGGUGGAGAAGAGGAAAAUCUGAUGCAAAAUUCACAGGAAGCAGAAGAUACAUCCGUACCGGAGGGUUCUUUGGCAGAGAGCUUGAGAGCUGCUGCAGAAGCUGCCGUUUCACAGACUGGAUUUAUAUAUGAUGAAAAUACGGGGUUGUAUUAUGACCACAGCACUGGAUUCUACUAUAAUUCGGAAAAUCAACUGUAUUAUGAUCCAGCAACUGGAAUUUAUUACUACUGUGAUGUGGAAAGCGGGCGAUACCAGUUUCAUUCGCGAGUGGAUCUGCAGUCUUAUCAGACUCCUGGUUCUCAGCAUGCCAAGGACAAGAAAGGGAAAAAGAAGAGAAAAGAACCAGAGUGGUCUACUGCAAAUGAGUAUAAGGAUAUGGACACAGAAGAGCAGAAAUCAUCUAACAAUUUGAAUUGCUUUUCCACUACUGAGCAAGUUAGUUCUACUGAAGAAGAAGAGUCUCCUAAUGCAAGAAAGAAGACAAAAAUGGACACAAAAAUACGAAACAGUCUAAGAGCCAAAGAAUCAAUUUCUACAGACAGUAUGAAUUCUCAUUCACACAAAAGUACACCAGAUACUGCAGCAUAUACAGAUGACAGUAGAACAGUAGACACAGAAAGUGAGCCUGAAGAAGGUGAAAUUACAGAUUCUGAACGUGAACCUUAUAGCAGUACAGAUGAAGUAACAAGUGAAGAAACCAAUGAUUCAGAAGAUUCAGAAAAUGAAGAUGAAGAAAAGAUUUGGCCUCCUUGUAUCAGAGUCAUUGUAAUAAGGUCACCAGUUCUACAGACCGGGUCACUUUAUAUUAUCACAGCUGUGAAACCUGCUACAAUUGGAAGAGAAAAAGAUGUUGGCCAUACACUUCAAAUUCCUGAAGUUGGAGUCAGUAAGUUCCAUGCAGAAGUAUAUUUUGACCAUGAUUUGCAAAAUUAUGUUCUUGUGGAUCAAGGCAGUCAGAAUGGAACAGUUGUUAAUGGAAAUCAGAUUUUACAGCCUAAAACGAAAUGUGAUCCGUACAUCUUGGAGCAUGGUGAUGAAGUGAAGAUUGGUGAAACUGUGCUUUCUUUUCACAUACAUCCUGGCAGUGACACUUGUGAUGGAUGUGAACCAGGUCAAGUCAGAGCGCAUCUUCGUCUGGAUAAGAAAAAAGAAUCUUCUGUUUGCCCAGCACUUAGUAAAGAAGAGAGAGAGUUAGUCAGAAGAAAAGCAUUAAAACAAAUACGGGUAAAAUAUGGCUUACAGAACACAGAGUAUGAAGACAACAAAGCAGUGAAGAAUCCAAAGUACAAAGAUAGAGCUGGAAAACGCAGAGAGACCAUUGGAAGUGAAGGAACUUUCCAGAGAGGAGAUACUCCAGCUUCUGUACAUAUUGAAAUCAGCGACAGCAACAAAGGACACAAAAUGUUGGAGAAAAUGGGAUGGAAAAAAGGGGAAGGCUUGGGCAAGGAUGGCAGUGGUAUGAAGGACCCAAUCCACCUUCAGUUACAUAAGAUGCAUGCAGGUUUGGGUACAAGUAGACCAACCUCAAUUGAAGAUAUUCAGAUCGUCCCAAGCAAGAAUAAGAAGAACUGGGAUAAAGCAAGAGAACGGUUUGCUGAAAACUUUCAGGAACCUAAACCACAAAAAGAUACACCUAAGAGUACACCUUGGGUUAGGGGGACUGCAGAGUAAAGUAUCUGGUUCCACACCAGGGUGGGUAAUACCUGUGUGUAAAUAGUUGGGAGAGAAUUUAUUUUUAUUCUCUUUUUCUUUUGCUAAAGCAGAGUUUUGGUGAUAUGUAAAAUACAGUUGUGAAAAAAAUAUGCAAGAUUAACUUGAGUAUGUUAAUUGGUUUUCUGUAGUCUUCAUGCUUUUAUAAAAACACAUUUUUAAUAAAUGAAUGAAACAUAGGGGAUAUUCAACCUUAAGUACUUGAAGAUGAAUCUUAUCAUGAGCAGGAAGUUUCUUCAGUUCUGUUUUUACCACAAAUGUUCAUGGAAGGUCAAAGCAUCUGUUAAAUUUAAAUACAAUGCUUUUAACUUUUGAACAGUGUUCUAAAAGGAAGCUGAAACAAACACUCCUUCACCUCAUCAAGCACAAUGACCAGAAAGUUGUAUUGCCUUUUCCUCUCUUGUAUGUUUAUUCACGACUGUGAUGAAACUGCUCAGCAAGAGGUACAUUACUCUUAAAUUCAUGCAGUCCACUGCUAGCCAUGUCUCAGCUUACCUUCAGUGGAGAAAAAUUGUUAAAUUGUUUUUUAAUGAUCCAUUGGUACUGUUUAGAAAUAAAUACAGUAUUCCAUGAAAUAAACAACAAACUUUGGUGAAGAAUACAGUGUUCAGAGGACAGCUUGUAGCAAAAAAUUUUCUUCUGUGAAGAAUUUGCUUGAAACUUGCUUAGUAAAUCUGUAUCAUGCCUUUUAAAACAGGAGGUAUGUUUAGAAAACUGCUGUGUGUGUGUAUUAUUUAUUAACUACUUGUUCUGAUGCAUCCAUUGCUGGCAAUGGAGUUUCUGCCAGAAAAGAAAGCCACAACAACCAGCGCAUCUUUGGUGGGAAAAGGUUUGCCAAACUGAAGCUAACAGCUUGGUAUUUAUUCACUGUUCCUAAACAUAAUAAAUUAUUAUAAAUGUAA